AUGGCCAAGGCACUGGCACCUAAUUACGGCGCCGCUCUCGCCUUCCGGUUUCUCUGCGCCCUUUUCGCGGCGACCCCAAUGACCGUAGCUGGGGGCACUAUUGGUGAUAUCUGGACUCCCUUGCAGAUCCCCUUCGGGUUACCCUUGGUCACUAUCUGCGCCUACGCCGGUCCUAUCCUAGGUCCCGUCAUUGGAGCCUACACACCACAGAUCGGCUUCGAAUGGGCUGACUGGAUCUCAAUGAUUAUCAUUGGCGUCGUCCUGGUCUUUGUUUUCCUUGUUCAGCCGGAGACCUACAGUCCCCUACUUCUCGAAUGGCGUGCAAAGCACCUCCGCAACCUGACGGGCGAUGUCCGGUACCAGACGGAGCAUACUGCGUCGUCCGCCAGCUCCCUCGGCUCUCGACUGCUGGUCAACAUGUAUCGACCGUUCCUGAUGAUCUGGACGGAGCCGAUCAUCUUGGUAUUCAGCUUCUACCUAGUCCUGCUCUACUUUGUGCUUUUCACGUUCCUCAACGGCUACCCGUAUAUCUUUACCCAGCCCUACGGUAUUUCGACUAGCAUGACCUUCAUCUUGUGGGUGGCCAUGAUGCCCGGCGUUGUCGUCGCCAUCGCCAUGGUCCCCUACAUCUAUCAUCUAACUAAGAACGCAGCCGCAAAGGCCAUGGCCGAAGGUAAGCCCUUGCAGCCCGAGGUCUCACUCUACUGGGCGAUGGCGGGGUCCUCGAUCCUUAUGCCUGUAUCUCUGUUAUGGAUGGCCUGGACAUGCUAUAGCGAUAUCAGCAUCUGGUCACCCAUUGUGGCUUCAGGCGUCUUCGGGUACGCGCUGGUAUGCAUCUUCACGACAACAUAUAUGUAUAUCAUUUUCGUCUACCUUCAAUACGCAGCCUCUGCAUUGGGGUUCAUGACUUUUGCUCGGUAUGUCAUUUCCGGAGCACUCAGCCCGGCUUCCAUCAAGAUGUACGAAAACUUGGGCGCGCAUAUAUCAUUGACGAUCGUGGCUAUUAUCGCUGCGAUUAUGGCACCAGUGCCCUAUAUUCUGUACAAAUACGGCCACCGAGUCCGAGCGAUGAGUCGGAAUGUUCAAAAUAAAGCCUAG